AACACAUUUGGCGCAUCUAAGCACCCUUACCUGCAAUCAUGUCGCUUAUGCUAGGAUUGUUGUUGGGGUUAUUCUGCACAGUGUGUAUAUUUCUGUUAAGAUUACUUUUAGUAGUCAAUUCUGGUCCGAACUGUAAACCUGGAGGGAAAGGCUCUGUCUGCGUGCUGGUAGUAGCUGGGUCAGGGGGCCACACUACAGAAAUUCUCCGACUGAUGGAGAGUCUGUCGCCGUCCUACAAACCCCGCCACUACGUCAUCGCGGACACUGACCGGAUCAGUGAGGAGAAAAUCCGUGCCUUUGAAAGCGCCAAGGAAAAUGCAGCCAGCGGGUCAAAGUAUACGGUCCACCGGAUCCCACGCAGUCGAGAGGUUCUGCAGUCCUGGAGUUCUUCGUUGAAGAGUACCCUCAACGCCCUGCUCUACUCCGUACCCUUGGUCUUUAGACUCCAACCGGACGUGGUGCUGUGCAACGGCCCGGGUACCUGCGUCCCCCUGUGCGCGUCGGCGCUCCUGCUGGGGGUGCUUGGGCUAAAGAGGGUCCUGAUCGUCUACGUGGAGAGCCUGUGUCGGGUGGAGACCAUGUCGCUCUCUGGGAAGAUCCUCUAUCCGGUGGCCGACUACUUUUUCGUGCAGUGGUCGACUCUGAGAGACAAAUACCCCAGAUCUAUUUUCCUCGGGAGACUGGUUUGAAAAGUCUGAAUCGUGUGUGGAACGUAUUCUGGACUGAGCACCAUCCUGGGCAAAGUACAACUUUUUUUCUUUCUUUUUUUCUUGUGGAACGCUCCGUCAGAGCAAACUCUUAUAGAUACAGGUCUGUAUUUUUAUUAGUGCUUUCUAAAUUUAGUUGACAUGAGAUCGUCCUGGUGUUUGGGUUUUGAAAAGAACCAGGUACAUUCCCCAGGGCCCGGAACCUGAACCUGGAGGAAGCCCACCUGUCACUGGUCUCGGUCACUGGUCUCGGUCACUGGUCUCGGUCACUGGUCUCGGUCACUGGUCUCGGUCACUGGUCUCGGUCAAGGGACAUUCAAUAAGAGGUACGAUGACGUACACAGACACAAGGAGGAAGGACUUCUCUAAAUGUUUCCACCAAGGACGGCCAGUACCACUUUUUCCACUGCUGACAACCAUUUCAAGUCUUUUUAGUACCGGUUAAUAAGAUGUGGAAACGUGACCCGAACCAAAGUGUUCCAUUAACUGACAAGUAAAGACUUAACCACACGUCAUGGUGGUAAUAUAGGACAUUAGAAUUAAACUAUAUUUAUCCCAUAGAAACCAUUAUAGAAGAUGUAUGAACAAUAUUAGAAGGCUAAAUGGUUAAGAGCAUCACAAUGCGAGUUGGACCACGUGCAAUGUUAGAAAUAAAGGUGAUUUUCAUCAUAUCAUUUGCUAAUAUACCAAUAUCUCAUACCAGUACACUACAGGUCCUUCCCUCAACUCUUUCAAGCAAAUUUGGGAACCAUUUUUGUUGUUACUUAUUGCACCAACUUCACCAAGGAAGUUUUCUCAUGGUGACUGUAGUGCAAGUGGUGCACAACAGCCCAUAAUAACAUGUUUUAUCGCCGGUGGCAGUACGUGCUCAUUACUGACAUAGCUGUUCUUAUUUGUCUCAACAAUUUUAUCAAAGCCUUCAAUUAAUAUAGUAGCCAGCUGUAUGUAGGCAAGCUACUAAAUGUUACAACUGCAAUUUGAGUGUUGGUAUUAUUUGUAGCUGUGGUGUUGAGUGUGGUUUAAUUAGUCACGGUAGCUGUUGGGAGCUCUUUGCUGGUAAAGUGUCGGAGAGAGGGGGAAAAGGUAUAAGUUUCCCAUAAUUCCAGUCGGACCAGGGUUCAUGUCGUCCCCCAUUCUUGAUGAACCCCCAUCACAACGCUUUCAGAAAGUGUCUGGGAUCAUGGGAAGGGAUCAUUUAUGUUUGGGUGUGGCCAAACCAGCCGAUAUAUUUUCUUAGUAUGGGCUGUGAAAUGUCAGCUACACACAGACACAUUGACACUAUAUGUGCCUAUUAUGGGCUUUACAGACCCAGUGAUUUACCAUUGAAAAAUACACAUGUUGCUCUGGCGUCAAUUUCCCAGCCUCAUUUUGGUAAACAUGAACACAUGCUUAGCUUGUGGUGACAUCUGAUCUAUAUUCAACCUAAAUCUUUUUUUUAUGUAGUAAUUUAAAUUAUCAUAGUAGAGAAUGCAGACUCCUACUUUUUUUUUUUUUUCGGUUGAACCAUUUAGAUAUACCAGCAGGACUCACUUAUUGAAGUAUAUCAGUCUACACUUGUUUAAGACGAAUCCCAAAAAAUAAGUGAAACUCCGUUGUACUGAUUUAGGGAGCUGUUUGUGUUCGUUGGUGUUCAUGUUUGUGUUCAUGAACAUUGUUUCUACUGUUUGUCUUAACUUUUUUCUGUCCAUUUCCCGUUCCUGGAUGUAGAGCGGGACCGGAAAAGCACAUGGUCUAAAUUAAGAGCUCCUCUUGAGCGACACCAAUAAUGGGGUGAAAGAGAUUGGAGAGUGCAGAUGAACACAGGGCUGUGGUGAUUCAUAAUGUAUACUUAUAUUUAAUCAUCCGUGUGGGAUAUGCACACACAGCUGGUGUCUGCUCCACGCAAUAACUUCAUGUUUUUGCACCCAGUAUGCAGUCAAACAUUUACAAUAUAAACAUCUGUAGUUGCAUUUUUUCCCCACAAUAAUAGGACACCAGUUCGUUCCGUGUGGACGGUGCAGUUGAAACAUGAGUGAUCCAUGACAUGAACAUAGAGACGACAGUACAGGAAUGCGACUUCACUGGGAGUUUUCUGCGGUCACCGCACACAGAACCAUAAAUGAUACCCUUUCGACGGCCCGUCCGUCGUUUACCAUAUAAUAAACUGCCACGCCUGUAUCACCACGAAUUAUUACCGGGGCGUACAGGCUCCGUAGCCCCGCCCUCAUCUGCGGGUGCUGCAGGCGAGGCCUCCGGUGUAGCUGUUGGCAAACGACCCACUUGCAGGGUCACGAAAUCGCCGGGAAUGAGAUGAGGAGCACGGUGGCAGACGUCCAACCGGAGAGGUAAUCUGAACCUGACUCGGGGAGCCCUUGAGAUGUCUGCCAUGUAUGUGAGGUUGUUCGGGGAGAAGGCAAGGCCAGGCCAAGUCGGGGCUUAUUCCAACCUGUCUCGUAUUGGUCCUUGGAUUGUCCUCAAAACCACCACCACCAAGGCUACAACAUACACACACAGGCAAUUGUUUAAAGGGCUUCUCCAUGAUUUGUAAAAGGAAAAUAAAAAGGGGUUAAAUUAGUUCUCAUCCGUUUCCACGUUAUCACACUAUACCCCGUGAAGGCAGAGCAGGAUUAUUAUGAAUGAUGACUGAGUCACAGUAACCCAAUGCUUAUCGUUUGAAAUCAGAGCAGCCCUUAUUUGGCUGACGACCCACUUUUUUUUAAGAAUUACACCCUGGCCCUCGAUCUAAGAAGCCGAGGGUAGCUCAAACAAAGCAACCUUUCUCUGUUUAUGAAUAAAAAGUACCGUGUUACUGAU